AUGGAUCAAAUGAGGAGGGUCAUGGAUGAGAUGAGGGAGAAUGUGAGUAGGGCAAAUCCCAUAGAGGAUUUAGUUCAUUGGAUAAAUUCCCCUUUCACGGCUUCCAUCAAUGGUCACCCCUUGCCUUCGAAGUUCAAGAUGCCUUCCUUGGAUUUGUAUGAUGGAACGCAUGACCCUUUCAAUUAUAUUACUACUUUCAAGACUACAAUACACCUCCAAGGGAUUCCAGAUGAGAUUAUGUGCAGAGCCUUCCCUACCACCCUUAAAGGACCAACACGAGUGUGGUUCAGCAAGAUACCUCCAAACAUAAUGAGUUCUUUCGAAGAGUUGGUUAAGAUGUUUGUCAAUAAUUUCAUUAGAGGACAAAGGCACAACCACUCCUCGUCUAGCUUGUUAACCAUUGAACAAGGAAAGAAUGAAAGCUUGUGGUACUUCAUCACUCGUUUCAACAGGAAAGCCCUGACAGUGGACAAGAUGGACGAUAAGUUGUUAUUGGCGGCCUUCUAUAAUGGAGUCAACUCUGACUUAUUCAUCCAUAAGCUUUACGAGAAAGAGCCUCAAACCAUGGCUGGACUUGUCCAUUCGGUCCAAAAUUUUAUGAAUGUAGAAGACGCGAUUAUAGCCAAAAAGAGGAAGAGAGCUGAGAGAAUGGAAGUAGAUUCCCCGCGCCACUCUGAACAAGGUCCUCUUCCAAAGAAGGGGCAGAUAGGAGAGAAGAAAGACCAAGACAACAAGAAAGUAGGUUCUUCAGCAUGGAGUCAACAAUACACGCCCUUGAACACGCCACUUAAGCAAGUUCUUGUGCAAAUCAAGGACGAUCUUUCCUUGAAAUGGCCAGAGAAAAUGAAGGGAGAUCCUAACAAGCGCAAUAGGGACAAGUAUUGCCGCUUCCACAGAGACCAUGGGCAUGACAUGGACGAGUGUUUUGAUUUAAAGCAGUAG